GCAGCGCGGCCGGCCGUGAGGGCGGGCGAUGGCGGCCUGGGCGCGGGCCGUGCGGGGGCUGCUGCUGGAUGUCAGCGGGGUCCUCUACGACAGCGGCGGCGACGGCGGGGUCCCCAUCCCCGGCUCGGUGGAGGCGGUGCGCAGGAUCAAAGCAUCUGGUCUGAAGCUGCAGUUCUGCACUAACGAAACCCAAGCGACCCGGGAGAAGUUUGUGAAGAAGCUGCGGGGGCUGGGCUUUGACAUCUCGGUGGGCGAGGUCACGGCCCCCGCGCCAGCCGCCUGCCGCAUUCUGAAGGAGCGUGGCCUCAGACCACACUUGCUCGUGCACGAUGAUCUCGUCCCUGAGUUUGCAGAGAUUGAUAAAACAAACCCAAACUGUGUGGUCAUCGGAGACGCAGCAGAGAACUUCACCUACGCAAACCUUAAUGAAGCUUUCCGAGUUCUCAUUGGGAUGGAGAAGCCUGUUCUGAUCUCCCUUGGAAAAGGACGCUACUAUAAAGAAACCGAUGGUCUGAAACUUGAUGUUGGAGCAUAUAUGAAGGCAUUAGAGUAUGCUUGUGAUGUCCAAGCUGAGGUAGUGGGAAAACCAGCAAAAAUGUUUUUUGAGUCUGCCUUAGCAGAAAUGGGUGUUCCAGCAGAGCAGGCCCUCAUGAUUGGAGAUGAUAUUGUGAGCGAUGUCGGGGGUGCCCAGCAGUGCGGGAUCAGAGCUCUGCAAGUGCGGACAGGGAAAUACAGGCCCUGUGAUGAGAACCAUCCCCAGGUGAAGCCUGAUGCCUACGUGGCCAACCUGGCUGAGGCCGUGGAUCUUCUCCUGCAGCAGCUGUGACCCCGUGGGAGGGAUAAGGAUGGGGAUGGAGCCUCCUGGGGCCACUCCAUCCUUGCCCACCCCUCACCCACCCUCACACAGGGGGUGAGUGAACAUCCGUGUUCCUAAGUAUUUUGUGUAACAGUACUAAAAUGAUCUACUGACCCCAUCAAAGUGAGGGCCAAACCUUCAUCGUGUGUUGAAUGGCCUCCUCUUGGGGCCCUGUCCCUGCCAGGCUCAUGCUGAGCCGGGGCUGAGCCUUCCCUGCUCCAGGGGAGCCCCAAGGGCGAUGCUGGGGGACUGUACCCCCUUUAACUCUGCUCACACCAGCCCAGAGGUCCCUGGGUGGGAUGGGGGAUGGCUCUGAGGGGUGAUGGAGUUCCACCAAGCCCUGGGCUGGGAUGCACCAACUCUGUGGGGUCUGUGUGUGCCUCCCACAAGAAGCCUGGGGAGGGGACAGCCCCUGCUCCCUCAGCCAGCGCGUGCCGUGUUCCUGCCGUGGUCAGCCCCGGGACAGGGCUCAGCAAUCCAGGAACUGUGUGACAAUAUGGAAGAACCACUGUCCUGUGGGGAAUAAACCUCUCAGUGCUGGCAGCGAUGCUCAGAGCACCUGAAAUGCUUUUCUCCUGGCUGGAAUAAGCUGGCAAGGGCCAUGGGGCCAACGGGCUUUCCCUUCUCUCCGUGGGGGUGUCGCAGGCAGACAAGGCUGGGGGGUAACACGAGCUUCUGUGAUUGCCAAACAUUCCUCCAGUUCUUCUGAUACCAAAACCAGCCAGGCACAGUGUUCCCUGGUGGCUGGAGCCACCUCAAUGGGACAGACCCAGUCUGCUCACUGAUCUGCACCAGCACCCUGUGCCCACCAACCACCCACCACAUCUGCUCAGCCUCAGCUCAGCCCCAUCCUGCUGCCAGGGAGCACUCAGAGACCUGGGGGUGGGGGAGUGCUCACUUCAUCAUGUUCUCUGCUCCAGGGAGAGCAGGAGCUGCCCACCUUCACUGGCUCUCACAUGGGUCAUCUUUUCACAGGCAAAAGUCCUUUUUUAAUCAUCCCUGAGCAAAACCUCUGGGCAAGAUUUGGUGCUUUAGACUGAGGUGGCACGAAACCAUUUGGGCUUUAACCUCCAGGGGUGUGUUCUACACCUACACUCAGGCCUCUGGCUGCAUUCAGCUACUGCUUUCUCCCUUUGCAAGAGGGAAGCAAAGAACUCCAGGUGUGUUUCCAGCAGUCCCAGCAGCUGGUGCCAGCUGUGGUCACUGACGGACAAGUGAUGGAGCUGCCAGACAACAUUGGGCCCUGUUGGGUUUGUCACAGCCCCCAGCUGAGCUGCACGGCAUCCCCUGGGGCCACUAGGACAGAGGGGGCUGGAGCCCACAAAAUAGAUGACAAAAUAGAAACCACAUCUGGGAAACUGAUUCCUUGGGUCUGCUUUUGCCUCUC